AUGGAUUAUGCUCGGAAAGGGUCGCCGCCGCCGUUUUUGGUGAAGACUUAUAUGGUGGUGGAGGACCCGUUGACCGACCACGUGGUGUCGUGGAAUGGUGACGGGACAGGUUUUGUGGUCUGGCAGCCGGCGGAGUUUGCCCGGGACUUGCUGCCCACACUCUUCAAGCACUCAAAUUUCUCCAGCUUUGUCCGCCAGCUCAACACAUACGGUUUUCACAAAGUGGCCGCUAACCGUUGGGAAUUUAGCAACAAAUUGUUCCGGCGAGGCGAACGGGACAAACUCCGGGAGAUUUGCCGAAAAAAAGCGACGUAUAGUAAGCCGCAACUUAGGCUGAGUUCCGAGCUAGCCGACGAGCCGCGAACUUUGUCAGCAUCGUCAGAAGUAGUCGAAAACCUAAUUUGCGAGAACAAGAGGCUUCGAAGGGAGAACAACAUUUUGAGCUCCGAGCUUGCCGCCAUGAAGAACAAAUUCGAGGAGCUUUUGGAUUUAGCGACGGUCUAUGGCGGGAGUUUGGACAAACAAGAAACGGAUAAAAACGGGCCCAAGAUUUUUGGUGUAAGAUUGGGGGUUUUGAGAGGAGAAAGAGAAAAGUGA